AUGCGAAUUCGCUACCCCUUCGCCGGCGCCUUCCUCUUCCUCGUCAUCUUGGCCGCCUACAUCGGCCUUCUUCCCCACAGCGACUCCUCCAGCAUCCCGUCACAACUCCAGCCCAAUGACAAGUUCCUCCACGUCGUGACCUUCUUCUUGCUCUCGCUCAUCUUCUACUGGAUCCCCGACACCACCCGGCGUCGCACGCUGCAGCUCACCCUCCUCGUCUGCACUGUCGCAUUGGGCAUCGGCUCCGAGAUCCUACAAGGUCUCCUCCCGAAUGGCCGUGCCUUCGACCCCUUCGAUCUCCUCGCCAAUCUCGUCGGCAGCCUCGGCGCCGUCGGUCUGUGCGGCUGGUACCACCGGCGCAUGCUGGAGCGGCGUCGCAAGGCCCGUUUCGGCGCGCUGGGUGAUGGCGCCGCCGACGACGAUGGCGAUGUCGAGCUGGGCCUGCGUCGCGGUGACAGCCAGGACGGUGUCGCGGAGGGUCUGGGCCCGCAGGAAUCGGGCGUCAUGACCCUCGAGCAGGAGGUAGAUAAUUGGGACGAGAACGCCGUCGAUAACUGGGACACCGAGGAUGGCGUCGACGGGCCGGAUUCUACGGCGCCGUCUCGCACGUCACCGCCGGCGGCGGUGGAGGACACGAAGAAACGGAGCGACUAA